AUGCAGCCAUAUCCACAGCCGCCGCUGCCCCCACCGCCCGAUAAUGACAGGAAUGAGGGUGGGCACCGGGGUCCGCUGAGCCGAACAUGGCCACAACUGUUCAAGAAAAGGAGGAGAUAUAGUCCGGUGAGAGAGAGCGCACAACAGCAACAGCAACAACAGCAAGCACAGAUACAACAAGCACAACCACCAGUACAACCACAACAACAUGUGCAGCUACCCAUACAUCCUAUACGCCCGAUAAAGUCACCAUCAUUAAUAACGAAAUCGAUAACAUCACCUGGGUCUUCGUUACGAUCACCGUCAAUAGCAGCUGACACGGCGAGUACCGUGUCAUCAUUAUCCCAUGCAUCAUCAGCACCAUCCAACAAGAUUCCCAUCGCUAGGAGGAGUAGCAGUAUCGCUCCCGCCGACAGCAAUGGAGCCGGAGGCGUGGCAACACCCCAAGCCGACCUUCUAGCCACAAAAUCAAACUAUGAAUUGAUAUCCUCGGGCCAACACUUGGAAAUGGGCCUACAUUUCAGCACCGCCAUGGCCACUGGCGUAAUGAUGAAGCGCGCUACCCACCGCGCAGCAGAGCAAGCGCGGCGCGACAGGAUGAAAACCGCCAUGGUCGACUUGGCCGAGUUCUUGCUCGACGGUGAAGUCACGUUUGGCAGCGGGACGACGUGUUUUGUCGUGAUGCGGGGCAAGGACGGUGAAGAUGGUGCGGAGAAGGCGGAUGGGAAGAAAGGGAGCGUGGCAGGAGAGAAGAAGACGGUGAACAAGGCGCGGUUGAUUGAGAUGGCGCUCGAAAAGAUGAAAGCGCAAGAGAAAGAAAUCGAGAUGUUGAGGAAAGAGCUGGAGGAUUUGAGACCAGGGGAUCCAAGUGAUCGAAUGGAUGAAACGUGA